UUGGGUUGGGAUGGUUCGGGCACUGUUGUUGGAAGAGGUGACUGUUGUAAAAUAUUUAAUAUUGGUGACCCUGUAUUUUUCACUGGUGAUUUAAGGAAAAAUGGUUCCAAUGCACAAUAUGUUGCACUCAAUGAGAUCAUGGUUGGUCCGAAGCCUAAAAAUCUAACAUUUGAAGAAGCUGCCGCCAUGCCUUUAACAGCUGUCACGGCUUAUGAGUCACUGUUUGAUCGUCUUAAGUUGUCCAAAAAUGAUGCCGGUAAAUCUUUGUUGAUCAUCAAUAGUUCAGGAGGGGUUGGAGCUGUGGCUUCACAAUUGGCUAAUAAUUUAGGUCUUAAAAUUAUUGGCACUGCAUCAAGAAAGGAGACAGAAACAUAUAGUUUGGAACACGGUUGCCAUUUUGUCCUCAACCAUACUAAAGACCUCCUACCGCAGCUAGAAGAGAAAGGUUUUAAAGAAGUCGACUUUAUUAUGGUUAAUUAUGAUCCUUAUCCAUACUGGGACACUAUGAUGAAAGCUAUUAAGCCUCAAGGCAAAAUUUGCUUGAUUGUUGAUAGCAGCGGCCUGGUCGAUUUGAAACCUAUGAAAGAUAAAAGUGUCACACUGGUUUCGGAAAUGAUGUUAACUAGAAUUAAAUAUGAAACCGAGGAUAUGUUUAGGCAUCAUGAGAUCUUGCAGGAGGUGUCAAAAAUGUUAGACAGUGGUAUCUUAAAGACUACAGUUACCAAAAUUCUUUCACCGAUUAAUGCUGAUAAUCUUAAAGAGGCACAUAAAUUAUUGGAGAGUAAGCGAAUGAUUGGUAAAAUUGUCCUUUCCGGAUUCUAA